AUGUUGGUUGCCUCACGUGCCGUCCUCGUCCUUCAGCUUCUGGUGGGCGGACAGGCUGGUCGGGUUGCGACGGACCGCAGCACCGGCUGGACCUGCUGCAUUGUGCCCCGCACCUCAUGGACGGCGGAGCAGAUUCUGGAAAUCUACAAGUUCGUGUUGUACCACCCUGCGACCCCAAGCCAAGAGGAGCGCGAGGAGAACGCCAAGGAGCUUUGGGAUGCAGUGGACCUCGGUAGCAAGGUUGCGCCAGUGGACAUGUCUGUGAAGGCGCAAGAGCAAUGGCUGGCUAACUCUCGACAGGUCGAAGCUGCUGCACAGCUGGCAAAAACCUUCGCCACGCAAGACAGGGGUUUCUACAAGCAGGGCUACUGGUUCCAACAGCAAAAGUGCCUCGCAGGGGUCCUCAUCGAGCGCGUGGAGGAUGCCUGGCUUCAGCGAUGGCGGUGCGACAAGACCAAGCUGGAUUCCGCUUGGCUCUUUGUGUUCAAAGCCGAAGGAGCUUAUUCUUCGCAGAAGAUUUGGGCAGAUGUGGCGAAAGCUCGGAGCAUGCAAAGCGAAGUCUUGGCAAGCAACAAAGAAGCGCAGGCUAAGCUGGCGAAGCUCGGAGACGCUUACAAUGCCGAGGCCCAGAAGGUGCAGGCGAAGGUCCACGCGACAGCGGAGAAGGUUCGUGAUGCCCAGCACGAGCUCGCGCACAUCGAGAUGCAGUCCUCAUAG